AUGCGUGAUCUUAUAACUGAAAAAAUGUAUAAUGAACACAUAAAUAUUAUACAUGAUAUAGUAAAAAAUAAGUAUAUAAGCAUGAAAGAACUUAUAACUAAUGAACAAUAUGUUCUUUUUUCCGAAGAAGACGUAUUUUUGCAUAUAUAUACAUUUUUUUUAACUUUAGAAGUUAAUAAUUUAUAUAUUUUAAAUGUAAACGAAAAAUUUGACUGUAGCUAUUUUACGUAUUAUUUACCAAAUAUUAGCGAAACAAUUAAAACUGAAUCUCAGUAUAUAAACAAUUAUAAAGUGAGAAUUAUUAAAUUUAAAAAUACUUAUAAAACUAUUUUAAUAAUAGAAAAUCUAGAUUUAUUUAUGAAAAUAUAUAAUAAAGAAUAUGAUUUAGAAACAUUUAAACAAAAAUUUAACAUUUAUUCUCCUAUUAUAUUAUUACUCUGUAAAGGAAACGGGUAUGAUAUAAUAAAUGAGCUAAAAAAUAAAAAAAAAAUAAGAAAAAAUCUGGUUUUUAAAGAUUGUUUUGAAAAAUUUAUACCUUGUAAGUCAGUAAGAUCUUUUAACGAUCUUAUACGUUUUUUUUUAACUGAAAUAACAUAUAUUAAACUACAAUAUAGAUCUAAUAUCAAUUAUGAUAAUAUAUACAGUAUCUGUAAAGGUAUUGAUGAAAAAAAAUUAAAUAUUAAUUUUUAUAGCACUUCUAACACUGAAAAUUAUUUGAAAUCUAAAUUAUUCGAUCAAGAUGAGGCUGUAGAAUCUGUUUUAUACCGUAUUAAAAAGCUAAGCAAUGCAAAUAUAGACGAGACAAAACCUUUAGGUAGUUGGUUAUUGUGCGGUCCAAGCGGUACUGGAAAAACUGAAUUAGCAAAAAUAUUAUGUUAUACCAUUUUUAAUUCUCACGAUAAUUUAAUUAAGAUAAAUAUGGCUGAAUAUGUUGAAAAACAUGCAGUUUCAAAAUUAAUAGGAUCGCCUCCAGGAUAUUCUGGCUAUGGUGAAGAUACUAUUUUAUCUACUAAAUUUAAAACUGGUUCAUCUUUUGUUAUUCUUUUUGAUGAAAUAGAAAAAGCACACACAAGUAUAACAGAUUUAAUGUUGCAAAUAUUAGACAAAGGUAAGCUUACUUUAUCCAAUGGGGAUAUAAUAAAUUUUAAUAAUUCAUUUAUUAUAUUUACAAGUAAUAUCGGAUACACAUACCAAUUAAAAGGAAAAAACGUAAUAGAUAAAAAUUAUAUUUUGGAAGAAAUUAGAAAAUUUUUUAGAAUAGAAUUUUUAAAUAGAUUAAACGAUAUAAUAAUAUUUAAUGUAAUGAACAACUAUGACAGUUUUAAUAAUGUUUUAAAUAAAUUUAUCAAAUCAACUUAUUCAAAAUUUUAUUUUUAUACUAAUAUUGUAUAUAAACUUAAAUAUGAUAUUAUUGCUCUGUUACACGACCCAUUGUAUGGAUCUAGACCUUUAAGAAGAUUUAACGAAUAUAUUAUUGAUAAUUUACUUUUUUACAAUUAUACUUUUAAAGAAAAUAAAAAUUAUAAUUUAUAUCAUUUAAAUAACUUUAAGAAUAUUAAUAUUGGUUAUAAAUUUAGACCAAUAACUUAA